CAUAGUUGUUAUGAUCAUAAACUCCCUCAUAAAAGUCUCUGUGUCUCUUGAAACCCAAUCUGUAGCCUAUCUUUUCUUGUUAUGGAGUUGUUCUUGGCAAUGCUUCCACUAUUGUUGUGCUAUAUUAUCUUCAACCUUUUUAAGUUGGGAUACCAAAAGAAAGACCAGUGUUGCUAUAUGCUAAGUUAUGAGUGCCAUAAAGCCACUGAUGACCAAAAGCUCGAUACUGGAUCCUGUGCUAAAAUUGUUACCCGAAACAAGAAUCUGGGCAUAGAAGAAUACAGGUUUCUUUUAAGGACUAUGGUUAGUUCUGGCAUCGGUGAACAAACUUAUUGCCCAAAAAACAUCAUGGAAGGAAGAGAGGAAUCUGCAACUCAUAUGGAUGCCGUUUCGGAGAUGGAUGGUAUCCUUUUUCAUACCCUUGAUAAGCUCUUUGCUAAGACAGGAGUUUCUCCAUCAGAAAUCGACAUUAUUGUCUCUUCAGUCUCUUUGUUCUCGCCAGCUCCCUCACUAACAGCUCGAGUAAUAAACCGUUACAAGAUGAGGGAGGACAUCAAAGCAUUUAAUCUCUCUGGAAUGGGUUGCAGUGCAAGUGUAGUAGCCGUUGACUUGGUUAAGCAAUUGUUCAAGACAUACAAGAAUUCACUUGCAAUCGUCGUGAGCACAGAAUCCAUGGGUCCAAAUUGGUAUUGUGGCAAAGACAAGUCCAUGAUGCUGUCCAACAUUCUUUUUCGCACCGGGGGCUGCUCCAUGCUCUUAACAAAUAAUAGAGCUUUGAAGCAUAAAGCCCUCUUGGAAUUGACUUGUUCUGUACGCACACAUAUCGGCUCUAAUGAUGAAGCAUACAGCAGCUGCAUCCAAGUAGAAGAUGAACUUGGCCACAAAGGCUUUCGGCUCACCAGAGAUCUACCUAAAGCUGGUGCUAAAGCUUUAACCAUGAAUCUCCGAGUUCUUCUUCCUAAAGUUUUACCACUGUCAGAAUUGCUCCGCUACAAAAUAAGUUAUUAUCGAAACAAAAUAAUGAAGAGACCAACUUCUAAGGCUGCAGGACCAGGUUUGGAUCUCAGGUCUGGAAUCGACCACUUUUGUGUGCACCCUGGUGGGCGGGCAAUUAUUGAUGAGGUUGGUAAGAGUUUAGCACUCAACGACUAUGAUCUCGAACCAGCUAGAAUGGCACUUUAUCGGUUUGGAAAUACAUCAUCCGGCGGCCUGUGGUAUGUUUUAGGUUACAUGGAGGCUAAGAAAAGGCUCAAGAAGGGUGAUAAAAUACUAAUGAUCAGCCUUGGGGCAGGUUUUAAGUGCAACAAUUGUGUCUGGAAAGUUAUGAAGGACUUGGAGGACACAAAUGUCUGGCAAGACUGCAUAGAUCAAUACCCUCCAAAAGCCGUAGACAACCCCUUCUCUGAGAAGUUUGAUUGGAUCAAUGAUGAAAGCAUGAAUUUCGCCAGGAUUGAAGAUUUCCUACCACAACUCCAGUUGUUAGCAUAAUUAUUAUAUGGUCUGUGAAGUUUGAUUUGAUCAGUGAUGAAAGCAUGAAUUUCUCCUGGCGUUAAGAUUACAUGCCAUAAGAUGAUAAAUCCAGUUACUAGCAUAAUUAUAUAUAUGGUCUCAUACUGCAGCUUUAAAUUAAUCAGUCUCAAGAUCGACCUUCCUUUCGGCCUCUCCAUACGCGUGAAGUAUUGCGUGGAAGUAAAUUAGGUAUAAUACUGAUGUUGCCCAUUUUUUUGCAAAUAAAAUAUGGUCUUCUAAUUUAUGUUACAAUAAUCUGUGUGAAAGAAUACUGAUGUAUUGAAU